AUGGAGGCCGUUGGCCGAGAGAGCUACGGAGGAGGGGCUGGGGCGCUGGGGGCCGAGGGGCGGCCGGUGUCCGAGGCGAGGGUACACUUCCGAGUGACGAGAUUCAUCAUGGAGGCAGGUGUCAAACUAGGGAUGCGGUCCAUUCCCGUUGCCACUGCUUGUACCAUCUACCAUAAGUUCUUUGGCGAGAUCGACCUGGGUGCCUAUGACCCUUACCUGGUUGCCAUGACAUCCAUUUAUUUGGCUGGCAAAGUGGAGGAGCAACACCUGCGUACCCGUGACAUCAUCAACGUGUCCAACAGGUACUUUAACCCGAGCAGUGAGCCCUUGGAGCUGGACUCCCGCUUCUGGGAGCUCCGAGACAGCAUCGUGCAGUGCGAGCUUCUCAUGCUGAGGAUCCUGCGCUUCCAGGUCUCCUUCCAGCACCCGCACAAGUACCUGCUCCACUACCUGGUCUCCCUCAAGAACUGGCUGAACCGCUACAGCUGGCAGCGGACUCCCGUCUCCGUCACGGCCUGGGCCCUGCUGCGGGACAGCUACCACGGAGGGCUGUGCCUCCGCUUCCCGGCGCAGCACCUGGCUGUGGCCGUGCUCUACCUGGCCCUGCACAUCUAUGGUGUGGAGGUGCCCGCCGAGGCGGAGGCCGAGAAGCCGUGGUGGCAGGUGUUUAGUGACGACCUUACCAAGCCAAUCAUUGAUAACAUUGUGUCUGAUCUCAUUCAGAUUUAUGCCAUGGACACAGAGAUCCCCUAAGGCCCUGGCCCAGGCCUGCCCAAAGAGAAGCCCAGGCUGGCUGGCUGGCUGGCUGGGGACGGUGCCACCACGUCGCGGUGACGGCCAGGCCCCAGGGGACCAGCUGGGAUGACUGGCUGUGCCGCUGCAGAGGGGCUGGGGAAGGUGAUGACAUGCUGCCUGCCACUUUGUCCCCAGCAGCCGCGGCCCAGGUGAUGACGUGAGCCCUUCCUCCGGCGGGCAGGCCGGGAGCCACAGUGUGCGGCGGGCCCGAGUGGCCGCACCUGCUUUUGUCCUCAGCGAGGACUCCAGCUGCCGUUGAGGCACGACAUGCCUGACAGGAACUGAAAGAACAGACAGGACUGCUCUCCCGGGGUUUUGUAGAGAAAGCGGAGAUCGCAUUUUAUUUUGUGUAAUAAAAGGUGAUGCAAA